UUAAACGAUAAACUAAUACAGGCUAUACCGGUAAGGAUGAGUUUCAAGAAUAAGGUUGUCAUAGUGACGGGAGCGAACUCGGGCAUAGGCGCGGCGACGGCGCUUAUGUUCGCCAAGGAGGGCGCCGACGUGGCGCUCGUGUCGCGCACGCAGGCCAAGCUCGCUGCCGUCGCCAAAAGCAUCGAGGCGCUCGGCAGGAAACCUCUUACCAUCCAAGCCGAUCUCUCCAAAGAAGCUGACACUGCCAUCGUCGUUCCUAAAACUGUAGAACAUUUCGGAAAGUUAGACGUGCUGGUCAAUAAUGCUGGCAUAUCCCCAGCGGGAUCUUUGACGGAAGGCACGGUAUUACAAGCAUAUGAUGAAGUGAUGAGAACCAAUGUUCGGGCGGUGAUUCAAUUGACAAGCCUAGCGGCGCCACAUUUGGCGAAAACAAAGGGUUAUACGUCAGGCGCUUAUUGACGCUACCCUCCUAGGUUUCAUAGCUACGAAUGAAGAAAUUGGCGGUGUAAUUUUGUUCCUAGCUAGCGACAAGGCGAGGAGCGUCACUGGAUCUAACUACGUCAUGGACAAUGGAUGGACCAUG